CAGCAGUCUGCAGACAGAUUCAAAGGAUCAGCUGAUGUUCCUGCACGGUUCAGCUUUAACGAGCUCUGUUUGGAGAGCUUUUCCUAAAAUGGAGAGGUCAUCAGAGAGCUGCUCUCCCGGGAGCUGAAGACUCUCACAGUCAGCUCAGUUCAGGAUCUGGACUACGACCAGCCGGAUACAGAGACUUUCCUCUUCUUCUGGACUCGUUGGAAAGACUAAAACUUUGAAACGGACUGCAAAGAGACGAACCACCAUGCAGGAAGAGGACGACUACAGACUUUGAGCUGUUUUUUUGACGGAUUAUAAUGUUUGGAAAAGUGAAGACGGGUCAGUCGACAGCGGCAGCAGGUCCAGACUCCAGUCCAUCAGAGUGUAACGUGGUGCUGCUCGGCAUGAUGGGCUGCGGGAAAUCAGCACUGACAGUGAAGUUUCUCACGAAGAGAUUCAUCAGUGAGUAUGACCCCCUGCUAGAGGAUGUGUACUCGUCGGAGCAGGUGGUGGACCAGCAGCUGGUCACAGUCAGAGUGAUGGACACCUGCGAUCAGGAGGGUCCUGUGAACAGUGAGCGGUACCUGUCCUGGGGGAGUGUGUUCCUUGUUGUCUACAGCAUUGACAGCAUGGAGAGCUUUAAACGCUGCCAGCUGUACUUGCACAUGCUCAGUCUGCACCAGAAAUCUCCCAUCAUCCUCCUGGGCAACAAGCUGGACAUGGACCCAUACAGACAGGUGAGUCGCAGUGAGGCUGAGUCGGUGGCAUCUUGUCAUGGCUGUGUGUUCCUUGAGGUGUCAUCCUGUCUUGACUACCUGGCGGUGCAGCACGUGUUCUUUGAGGCGGUGCGGCGUGCGCGGAGGGGACGUAGUUACCUGGUUCCGGCGGUCUGUGUGAGCGAGGACAGAGCGGCGCUUCCUCCCCCCUCCUUCACCACCCCCUGUUUUAAAGAGCUGCCGGCACCCGCUACCGCAAAACUGGUGACAGUGAAGACAUCCAGAGCUCAGAGCAAACGCAGAGCCACCACGCUGACCCUGCUCAAAGGGUUCAAGAUCUUCUAACCCCCCCCAGAGAAACAAACAAGCUCACAGCUCUGAGAGGCGCAGGGAGCCUUCCAACAUCGUGCCAACUGGACACCUGUACUGUGAACUGAAUACUUACAGGUGUGAGGUGUCUCAGAGACUCACAGUUUGGAUUUUUAAACACUUCCUAUCUUUAAAGCCAGCUUCAGUCUUCGCUGAAAACACUACAUGACCCAUGAGUCUCUGCGUCUGGAACCAAGGUCAAAGGUCGUUUUGCCUUCAGCUCCUCUAUAGCAGCUAGUACUCUUAAACAACAUGAAGCUCUGUAAUGGGAUGUUUACCUGCUGAAAUGCACCAUGGGCAUUGUAGUGGAUUUCUUUACUGCUUUAUUUCAGAUGAAUUCUAAGUUUAAAGGUGUUCUGGACUAAAACAAAAGAAGCAGAUAAUACAAAUUAAACUAUUUUAUCACAGUGACAAAGUAAAAAGAGAUAAGAUGUCAUGUUAACUGAUCCUACAGGCGAUGUAAUAAACUUAUUAAACAAUGGUAUUUUU